UAAUAAGUUGACAACGCUGAGAAAUUAUAUCAGCUGUUAAUAUUAAUGAUUAAAACAAUCUACUAAAAUAGACAUUAUUAGCUCGUAUAUUUUAUUUUUUUGAGUAAAGCUGAUCUAUUAAUAAAUUAAAAUGGCUUUAAAUGGUUUUUUGGAUUUCUUUCAAAAGGGCAAAACUUUCAGGCCAAAGAAGAGGUUCACAGCCGGUACAAUACGUUAUUCACUACAUAAACAAGCUCAAGCAAGUCUUCAAUCAGGAAUUAAUCUUAGACAUGUUGUUCGCCUUCCAGAAGGAGAAAACUUGAACGAUUGGAUAGCAGUUCACGUUGUUGAUUUCUUUAAUCGCAUAAAUCUUAUAUACGGAACAGUUUCGGAAUAUUGUAAUGAAAAUACUUGCCCAACUAUGUGCGGAGGAUCGCGGUAUGAAUAUUUAUGGGCGGACGGCGAAAGUUAUAAAAAACCAACCGCUCUACCAGCUCCCAAAUAUAUUGAGCUUCUAAUGGAUUGGAUAGAAUCCCAGAUAAAUAAUGAGUCUAUUUUCCCCGUAUCAACAGAUGUACCAUUUCCUAAAACAUUUCCAAAUCUAUGUAGAAAAAUAUUAACUCGUUUAUUUAGAGUGUUUGUGCAUGUGUAUAUUCAUCACUUUGAUCGCAUUGUCAGCAUAGGCGCAGAAGCACAUGUGAAUGCGUGUUAUAAACAUUUUUACUACUUUGUCCAAGAAUUCGACCUAAUUACAAGUAAAGAAUUGGAACCGUUAAAUGAAAUGACAUCACGAAUAUGUAAAGAUUAAAUGUAAGAUAUAGUAAAACAUGUAUAAAAACAAUUUUUUUAAAUAAAUGUAACUUAUAAAUUGUA